AUGUCCAUGCCUUUUGCAUCCUUUUGCGCCAUCGAAUCUAACGAAGGCCCCUUCCAAGCUUGGAAUUUCCAGCUCCGGGAGGAGGCAGGGAGACCAUUUCCUGCCCAACCAAGCUUAGUCCGACUCCUUGGAAAGAUGGGCUGCUGGGAUAUGCUGGGAUUGCAGCACGCCGCAAUGCGAUCUGUAGCGUCCGCAGGCCGCAGCACAGAAAGCAGCCGUGAAAACACGCCCAACUGCCCAACAUGGGCUAUUGUGGACAGUGAUGCUGCGCAAGCGGCGCCUCCCAGGUGGGAAUGCGCUUGUGUGGUCGAUCUUCGCUUGAACUUGCCGUGUGUUGUUUCAAGGCCAUGUGAGCGUUCUCACGCCGCGUUGCCUGCAUGA